AUGGAGGAUGAUAACCCUUUCCGCUGCUGGGUUUGCGGGGCAGUGAUAUACGGAAGUCGAGAUCACAUUCUGGCCAGUGGAAGGAGCGUACCUCAAACACUCGCAUGGAGAACCAGAUGCAGUAUUGAGGAUUUUAACAAGAUUGUUUUCACAAAUAAAGAGGUAUGGGGAACCUUUAUUCGUGCAAUUAUAGUCACAUUGGAUGAAAAUCGCCAUGACGUCUACCAGCUAUCAGGCAUUGCGCAGAAUACGUACUGUAUACGAAUCAUAGUCCCCAAAGACAGAAAUUUAGCAGUCCUAGGAUAUCCUCGCCUAGGAGGCCGAGGAUGCAAGUUUGUGGGCAUCAAACCAACUGUUAAUGCGGUUGGAUAUCCUCGUGCACAUAUGAUCCACGCUCGUUGCUGGGAACUGAUUGAGAGACUCUUUGGAUGUGAAGCGGAGAAGAAUCUCAAAAUUCUGCUAAAUAUAUUUCAGGAAAGAUGGUGUGGAUGGAAAGGUAAUCCCGAUGGAUCUCCCCGUUAUGAUUUUCUACGAGAAGAUAUUUUAUGGCAGAGGAAUAAAUCUAUAGUCUUUUAUGACCCGGUUAAAAUCCUCCCUCUCCGCGCGGUGGUUGAGGAAAGUGUUCAGCGACCAACCAGAGAGAAGGUUGCUUACAAGGCUAUGGAAUUACAUCCAAUAUUCUUCGAUAUAAAGAAUACGGCUAUCUCGAAUAUUUUUCCUUGUGAAAUCCAGUGGAUGAUUAUGGACCUAUUGGAUUAUAAGAACAUACCCAAAAUACUCCGAGCGUUUGGAUGGGUUCUAUCCGAUACCUACUGGUCUAGACGAUUUCCUAAAGAUCUAGUAUUUGAAGUUGAUGACUUAAUGAGCAAUCAAAUUGAGAUUGACUGGCAGUUUCUUACUCUUGGAGUAGAGAAACUCCUUCAUCGCUCCCCCGAGCUUUUAAAUCGCCGUCGGUUGCUUACGGUUUUGAAAAAGGCGAGGGAUUUGUUCUUUGAAGAAGUAGCUAAAAGCACUGCUAGUGAAUAG